CUUUUUCCCUUCUAUAUCUGCUUAGUCAUACAAAACAGACCAAUCAGAAUGCAGAAUUCUGUCUCCCUUUCGGCGAAGAUGCCACCCCUUCCUAAACGCUCCAACAAGGGCAUAUCGGACGCUCAGAAAAAAGCUCUACGCGCCUUUGCAUCCGACACGCACCCUCGACCAUCUCAAAGAGCUUGUGUUGAAUGGUUUAAGUCCCAAUUCGAUCGUCUGAUUGACCGGGCUACCGUCUCGAAAAUUCUUUCGUCUAAAUACGAUCAUCUUGAUACUGGCCUUGCUAGUUUCCGUACGCGUCCAUCGAUGUCGCAGUGGCCUAUAUUAGACCAAGCUCUGUUUGAAUGGCAGCAGCGACACCAGGACGCUGGCUUUCCAAUAACAGGCCCUCUACUUCGGAUGAAAGCUAUCGAGUAUUGGAAGAAGAUACCCGAAUAUCAACACCUUCCACUUCCCCUUUUCUCGGAUGGGUGGCUUACUCGGUUUAAAAGACGUCAUCAUCUUCGAUAUUACACCUUCCACGGCGAAGCUGCGUCAGUCCCAACGUCAAUACACGAAGAUAUAAAAGCCCUCCGGACGAUCUGCGGCCAUUAUCAGAAGGAGGAUAUCUAUAAUAUGGACGAAACUGGUCUUUACUGGCGUCGUAUGCCGAAUGGUGGCCUAUCGACGCAAAGCCAGGCCGGUCGGACGCAAGAUAAGGCCCGAAUCACUAUAGCAGUUGCGACGAAUGCUACUGGUUCAGAUCGAAUGCCACUAUGGUUGAUUGGUACAGCAAAGACGCCGCGCGCGCUUCGGAAGAUUAAUACACGAGCGAUUAGAUGCGUCUGGCGCUGGAAUAAGAAAGCAUGGAUGCGCGGUGAUAUUAUGGGCGAAUGGCUCCGCGCGUUUUAUAAGCAUAUUGGCAAGCAAAGACGUGUCCUUCUCUUACUGGAUAAUUUCAGCGCGCAUCUAUCUGCCCUUGACUAUGCGCCACCGCCGUCUAAUAUUAAGGUGCUCUUUUUUCCGGCAAAUGCGACGUCGGUUUAUCAGCCAUUAGAUCAAGGAAUCAUCCGGAAUCUAAAGCACCAUUAUCGGAAGAAAUGGAUAACCUAGAUGAUUAAUAUGAUUGAUCGUGGUGUCAAUCCUGGAGAGAGAAUGAGCCUAUAUUAUACCCUCCACUGGAUUACCCAGGUCUGGCGUAAUAACGUGCUCGAUCAGACAAUUCAGAACUGCUUUGAAAAAAGCACGAUUAUUUGUCCGAGCACUAAUGAGACGCCUAAGCUAGAAUCGCUUGAACUUAGGCCUCUAUAUCAGAGCUUAAUCGAGCGGAUUCCUUCAGGCGGGGAUGCGCAGGAAGUUAUGUCUUUGGAUGAAUUCCUAAACCCAUCAGACGAAAAUGACGUUGCAGAGCCUGAUUUAUCCGAUAUAAUCGCUGAUUUCUCUAAUAGCGGUCAUGAUGAUGGUGCGCAGGAUGAUGAAUAUAUAUCUGGGCCACCAGUGGAUGUGCCAUCUAGCACUGAGGCAAU